AUGCAGUACUUGUCCAUCGCGCUGCCGCUGGCGGUUCUCGUCAGUGGCACGUUCGCCAACCCUCUCGAGCGACGAGGAGGGUCCGAGUGCAAACCCAAUGCCUGUUUGGCCGCCGUCACUGGCAAGGCUGCUCUUGGAGAUGACCAUCUGCGAGGUGGCCACUGCUCCAGCUUCCUGGCCACCACUGUUACUCCUCCCGCCGUUACCGUGACCGAGACUGUGACUGGGGCUGGAAAAGAUCAAGGCCACUGGAAGCGCGCCAGCGUGACUGUGUGUCCGAACGAGGUGCCCAACUAUGCCAGCGCCUGUGACCUGGCGGCGUACACGAGUGCUUGCUCGUGCUUCGGUUUCACCGAAGUCAAGACUACCACUAUCGCACCCACCACGACCACCAAGACGGUCUACGUUGCUCCGACUGGUGCUGCUUGCUCGACGGCAGUCAUCGUCUCUGGCACCACCUGCCCUGCCGGUGAGACCAGCACUGUGACCGUUACCGUGACCGCCUCCGGCUCGGGCUGGUCCGGUCACUCCUCUUCCGCCUCCGCCACGUCCAGCACUCCUGCAUCUUCCUGCGUGGUUGACGACGCAAAAGCCACCGAGAUUGUCAACAACUUCGCGCAACUUUUGGAGUUCACUUCUUAUGCUGGCAAUGCGGCGCAGGGCAUUCCCGCCGGCUCUGGCUACAAGCAGGACGUGUCCGAUGCUACAUUGUCGGACAAAUUCACCGAUAUCUCGGACUCGAUCAACUUUAUGGCCGGUUUCCCUCUUGGCUCCGUCACCUUCAACAGCAAGGCCGCAUUUGACUACGGCCAAGGUGUUCUGCAACCAGAAGUUUCGGUCACCACGUUGAACGUCUUCCAUGACUGCAACAGCAUCACCUGGAGAUACCGAUUGCUGCCCAACCCGCAGGCCCUGCCCGUCACCGGCAUCAACUACAUGAUCAUUGACCCAGCGGAUGGCAAGAUCCUCAAGAACUAUGCCGAGUUCGAUAACGGUGCCUGGCUUCAAUCCUUCGGCCGACAGUGCGCCGUCAGCAACGUCACUGUUUACCCGGGCGCCCCAGCCACCAAGCGAUCUAUCGACGGGCAGUUCAAGGUUAAGGCUUUGCACCAGUAA